UACCCGUCUUCCUUACAGCUCAAUAUGUUCUGGCCAAAGUGAAGGCCGGUCACAGAACGAUACACGCCAAGGGGUCGGGGUUCUUACUGGGGACUUGGGAAUGGACCUUGGCCACAUCUUUGUGGGCGAGAACGGCUCCUUAUAUGCACUAGUUCCGGCUGAAGCGGAGGCGCCACCUCCGGCUCCGGCGCGGGGCGCCUCGCGAGAUGGGAACCUCGCACAGGCGCUUCUGGCUGAGCUCCUUCGACAGCAACAAGCUCAGGAGCAGCAGCGACGGCAGCAGCAGCUGGCUAUGCAACUCGAGGGCCUGGCCUCGGGCGGAGGGAGCGAGGCUGGGCUUCUGAACCUGUUGCUGGCGCAAGCACAGCUGCAGCAAAAUGAGGACAACAGUAUGUCGAUUGACCUGGCGCCGGGCCCAGCAUCAACGCUGACUAUGGCCCCGCAGCUCGCGGAACCUCCGCCCACUGGGCCGCUGCCUACGCGGCCGGCACCGCGGCGCGUCGUCCAGGCAACCAGCUCGCCAAGUAACAGCGACACAGGCAGCCCCCCGCGCGUAUCCGGUGGAGUUUCGGUGAGCGCCAAAGAGAAGAACCGCCAGGCGCAGCGCCGAUUCCGGGAGCGGCAAAAGGACCUUAUCCACAAUUUGAAGGCCAAGGUUGAGGACCUCGCCAAUAAGGUGGCGGAGAACGAGAAGGAGAUCAGCAUGCUGCGCGAGGAGAAUGCCAUGCUGCGCGGCCGCGUGGAUGCCAAGCAACACGUGGGGUCGGGGCUGUCCGGGGCCCUGCCCAGCGCGCUGCAAUCGCUGCUGCAGAUGACGUCGGCCGCUGGCGCCGAGGGAGGCGGCACGGGCGCUGGCGGCAGCGGCCUGGGCGGCCUCAUGGCGCUGCGCGGCCUGGGCCCCUUGGACGCACUGCCGCUGGGAAAUGCGCCGAACGGCAGCAGCGGCCUGCCCGCCAGCGCGGACCUGCCGCAGGCGCAGACGUUGGACCUGGCAAGCUUUGGCCUGGGCCUGGGCGGGGGCGGGGGCAGCAGCGCCGGCGGCGGCGGAAAGCGCAACGGCGGUGGACUUGACCUGGGCAACGCGCGGGGCAAUGCGCUGGUGCAGGCGAAUGGCCUGCGCAACAGCGAGCCCAUCAUCAAGACCGAGCCUGAGCGACUGUAAAUGUCAGGUGUGAGAUGGGCGCAGGGCGCAGCCAGUUUUAACAGCAUGGGCGUGCCGGCACCCUGCUUGUCGCCUGUGCGCAUUGACGAUUGCGGAACUUGGAUGCGGCUUCCGUGGCCAAUUUGUUCGAGCUUAGGUAUCAGGGAUGUGGCGCUUAGCCUCCCUUGCGGCCGAUGGCUAGAUUCACAGUUGAUUUAUACAGCUCGCGUCAUAUUCCCCGGGUACCAUCGGGUUCGUAUGGGCACGAUGAGGUUUGAAAACUGUCCGGGGCUGCAUCUGUAUUACCGUACUGGGCUCUGUAGCGCUGAAAACGCCAAGCGUGUGCGUGCCAUACACGUUGGCACGCUCGCAUUUGAAUCUCAUGACAUCUACGCCUGAUGUUUCAGACUAGUGCAUGUGCUGUUUUCAACGACUGAUACUGGCCCUGGUUGUAUAUGUUGGCAAUGAGGUGUCUACGUUUGAGGGCCCGACUUUGUAGGGGCAGACCCUGGAAUGUUUUUUGGUCGGCCGGCACGGACACUCGCUUCAACACGUGUUGCUGAAGGAUGUCAAGGCGAUAGUAGAUGCAGUAGUAGUGUUCUUCUCAUCACGACGCGUUUGCGGUUGCAUUCUGACGUCAUCACGGACGCAUUAAUUCCCCUGUGCAAUGAACGACACUUCAGGCGGCAGAUUCGCACACGGAUGCAUGUUGUCAAGAGGGAGCAUCGCUAGAUGUGCAGAGACUGGAAGCGGGUGGGCGAGCCCCGGGGACCUGUCCUAUGUGCGACGUACGCUGCCGGGUGUAGUAGAGCAAGGAAGGUGGCCGCAGGGUGAGCUUCCGUGCGUGUGUUUUCAACGGAUGCGCAUGCACUGCGUCGAUGUACGGCGGCUCUUUCCUUGACCGUACAUCUAUCCUUUGUUUUUGCAUCCUUGAGAGUAUGUGGAGCUGGUUGGACGGGCGUGGGUUGGUGUGGCAUGAGAAUGGGUUCCAUGGGAGGCGCGCAGAGCUGGGGCGCGGAGUCUUAACACAGAUGGGGUAAGGGCAUCGUGGCUACACUUUUCAAUUUGGGUUAAGGCGCCCCGCGUUUGCCGGAGUGCGCAUGGGAGCACGAUACAUGUCGGGUUUGAGACGGGCAAGGGGCAGAGAAGCAAGAGGUAUGCGUGGAUACAUACAUGCGGCCGACCCGACUCAAGGUUUAUGUGGAUGGACCCCGGGUUGGCUUUGCUCCCCAAGCAGUGGGUGCACGCCGCGCUCAGGUCGGUGCGCUGCCGGAUGAUACUUUCAAAACUGCUGAUGUGAAUUGUGUGCAUGUUAUUGCAUGUGAAGGAUUUGCAGGCGCAUGGGGCUACCGCUGAUGUCCUGAUGAACGCCGGCAAGCCGCCGCGCGCAGUGACUGGCGGUGAGCUAUCCCAACGUCUUUGGAUUAGCUGCGGUAUUGCAUGUCUUCGUAUGUCUCAAUGGUGAUACGUGAAGUGAAUCGUGGUGUGUCGCACACGGAUAUUGCUUAAUACCACUACGCACGCUGUUUGCGUGCUGCUCGAAUAAACCAGGGUGGUAGGCGCUGCAAGUCCCGUGUCGCCUUGCGCAAAAUAUGCCAUGGCUGACUGGGCUCGCGCCCGGGCCCCAGUAGUGUAGGACCCCAUAAAGCGCGUGACGUGCGCGAGUGCAUAGGCGGGUGAUACGCGGGCGGGUACGCCUUGCUUGUCGCUGGCAAGGCCUGACGCUUUACGGCAGUAGUGGCCUUGACUGGGCAGGGACGUUGUGUGUUCAGUAACGAAGUGCGUUUCGCGCUCAGUGGAAGCGCGAGUCGUUGCAUGAUGGAUUGGCUAUUACCGGUAUGGUGACAAGUGGAAAGUUCUUGUAAUGUGGGCAAUGCAGGUGCCAGGUCUGGGGUUGCUGUGAUGAUGGCAUGAGGCCAGUUUGGUGGCCUCCCGAGUCGGUUAAACGGAGCAUCAGACCGGGUGGAACAAUCCGCGGGAUGCCCGGACCCCAAGUAGUGCCAGACUACCUGUAACGCCAUGCCCUC